AUGAUCCUGAGCUGCCGCGCCGCCUUCUCCGGCAACUGGGAGUACUUCCACUACUUCAUCCUGGACCCGUACAAGCCGCAGCGGGCCUUCUUCCAGCCGCAGGCCGACCCCUACGUGCUCUUCUGCAAGUGGGGCUACAUGGGUAACUUCCUCCAGGACGUCGUCGUCUUCAACAGCUCCGCCGCCUGGGCGCCGCACUGCCGCGUCGACAACGGCGGCUGCCGCUACCUCUUCCAGGACGGCCACAUGUUCCUCGUCACCGGCAAGCACGGCGGCGACAGCGAGGCCCACAGGGUGAAAGUGGUGGAGGAGACGACUGAAGAACAGGCGCCUGCACCUGGUCCGGGUCUUGGUCUUGGUCCUGGUCCGAGUCAGGGUCCGGCUCCGGCACCAGCUCCGGCACUAGCUCCGGCUCCGUCUCCGGACGCCCAUUCGCAGGGGCGGGAGAAGACGCUGAUCGGGGACGUCCUGCUCAGGGAGUGCAAGCACGUGCUCGGCUUGUUCCCCACCAUGUGCCGGAAAAAGCCGCACAACCACCAGUACGUCGGAAAGAUCAUCGGCCGGUGGCGGUGGUGGUUCAACUACUAG